GAGAGGGAGAGAAAAAAAACAACACCCACUUUGCGACGAUGCAGGUGAGGGCGGUGUGGGAGUGCGCGGUGCUCCUGGUUUGCUGUCUGUGGGAGAGUGGGAACAGCUUCAACUCCAACGCUAUCAAGACCGGGAGCGGAGCGGCUCAGAGCCUCGGUCACCCCCCCAUCAGCAUCACCCCCCAAGUCAUCAUCUACGACAGUGUCCACCAGAACCACGCCAUUGAGCAAUUCCAGCUCCCCAGUUGUCUGAAUGACCAGGACUGCCCUCUCCACGAGUUCUGCUCGGGCUCACACACCUGCCUGACCUGCCGCAGGCGCCGCAAGCGUUGCCUUCGAGACAUCAUGUGCUGCCCUGGGAACCGCUGCAGUAAUGGUAUGUGCAUACCCAAUGAUGAGGAUGAUACCCAUGGAGAGAUAGAAGAGAUGAUCGUGGAGAGAUGGAACCACCAGGGUAAACACACUACGAUGGACACUAAGCCAAAAAGGGUGAUGACCACUGGAAGGACUCACUCUGUCAAAGGACAAGAAGGUGACAUGUGCCUUAGAUCUUCAGAUUGUUCUGAAGGGUUGUGCUGUGCCCGGCACUUUUGGUCAAAGAUCUGCAAACCCGUGCUGAAGGAAGGCCAAGUGUGCACAAAGCACAAGCGGAAAGGCUCACAUGGGUUGGAAAUAUUCCAGAGAUGUGACUGUGCCCAAGGGUUCUCCUGUCGGAUACAGCGAGGACAUAAUGGUUCCACCAAGACAUCUAGAUUACAUACCUGCCAGCGACACUGAUUCAGAGAUUGGGAACAAAGUAAAAGACCAAAAUAUCCAGGAGAAAGACUUUGGUUCAGAAAGAUCCAUCGAUAGGGAAGAUGCUUUAACGAACGUGAUGCUCCUUCAGAAUACCAAAGUGCAUUGCUUGGUUCACUUUAAAGAACUGCAUAGACUGUAAUGCUUGCAGUAAAUUACUGCAUUGUAAAUAUUUAAUGUGGCACUUAAUUUGUACAUAGACACAAAUCAGUGUUUGAGGUGCUGCAUGGUCAAUAUCAAUGUUUAGCCAGUCUUGUAAAUAUACAUCCAACAAUGUCUGAUAAUUAUUGCUUUUCAGCCUAUGUAAUACAAUUUCUAUAUUUUAACACAAAUAAAUGUUCACAAUCAACUACA